AUGACGGCGCUGUCCAUCGUGGUGGUGGUGCUGCGACUGCACGGGAAUUACAAGUUCGGCAACUUCCAGCUCAGCGACCUGGUGACGCUGCUGGCCCUGAUUCUCCUCGUCAUCGCCGCCGCCAUCUCGGAUGUGGCCGUCGACUAUGGCUACGGCCAGAGCGAAGUCUCGCUGCAAUUCCACCGCGCCAUGAGUUCGAUCGAGUAUUCCGCCAUCGCGCAGGCCAUCAUCCUCAUCAACAUCGUCAGUGUGUUUCUGCUUUUCUUCCAGUGCUCGGGCCACAUGACGGACAUGUUCCACCCGACCGAGUUUGAGAAUUGCAUGUCGAUCACGGUGCAGAUCGACUAUGCCUACUUCCAGGGAGCCUUCAACUCGGCCUGUGAUCUCCUCCUGGCGGCCUUCCCCGUCUAUAUCUUCUGGCGGUUUAACUGGAACCUGCGCGUCAAGCUGGUCUUGAUCUCGCUGCUGAGUCUGGGUGUGGUGGCCAUGGUGGCCUCCGUCGUCAAGACAAUCAAAUACCCGACGAUCAUGAUCUCUACCAACCCGCGCACCAACCGCGUCACGCUCCUCCGGUGGAUGUUUGUCGAAGCGGGCGUCGUGCUCAUCACCGCCUCGAUCCCCUGUCUCCGGCCGCUGGUGAUGCACUGGAUGAAGAAGCUACUCAGACGGGUCCCCGAGCGCCACCAGAUGAUGCCGGCGGAGGAGCAGACCGUCCCCACGACCAGCACGAUGGUCAAUCUGGGGUCGUUCGCGCAGGACUGGAAGUCGCGGUGGAUCAUGCCGUUUGCGCGGCAGGAGCAGCCCGAGGGGGCGGAUCUGGAGCGACAUAUCCUGCAGAACAUCACGACGCACAUCUUCGCGGGGGAUCGGGAGUUCCUGGAUCGACAUAUCCCGGGGAUCGUGAAGCAGGUGGAGGUGACGGUGGUGGCGGAUGAGAUUCCGCUGACAGACACGGGCAGUCGGAGUCGAAUGGUGAAUAUAUGA